AUGACGUUUUUCAAAAGGCUCACAGAGUUCCUCUUCUUCACCCCUGAAUUCUCCGCACAGGGCAGACUGGCAACACAGCUAUUGGCCGAGGAACUCGGUGGCCUGUCUUUCACAGGGUCUUGCAACACCGCCAACAAUCGCAAAUGUUGGUCUGAGGGAUUCAACAUCACCACUGAUUAUGAAAAGCAUGUUCCUGAUGGAAUAGAGCGAAAGUUCUACUUGGAGGUCGACAACCAUGAGAUUGCCCCUGACGGGUACCUUGUUCAACGCAUGUUGUUCAACGGAACCUAUCCUGGUCCUACGCUUGAGGGAAAUUGGGGAGAUACUUUUAAAAUUACAAUCAAGAACAAGCUGAAGAAUCACAAUGGGACAUCUGUCCAUUGGCAUGGCAUCCAUCAGCGUAACUCAAAUUGGAUGGAUGGAGUGUCGGGCGUGACAGAAUGCCCAAUCCCCGUAAGCCUACAUCUCCAUAAUUCCAUCAAUAUGGAGCUAAUACUCGAAGCCCGGGGAAGAGAAAACGUAUACUUGGCGAGCCACUCAAUACGGAACUUCAUGGUAUCACAGUGCGUACUGAACACAGUCACUUCAGUCUUCAAUGUUUGUCACCCCAACUCUUUAUCGCCACCCUCUGCACGUGAAGUUAACACGACUGGUCAGACGCAGAUGGGCUCGUGGGUGCAUUGA